AUGUUCCUGCGGGCGUCUCUGAACCUUGAGCAGCUAUGUGGUUCCGAGUUUGAAGCAGAAGCGGAUGUUAUAGACGAACUUGAAGCAUUGCGCGCACCGAAGUCUCUGCUUGAGACGCUGGAGCAGAUGUACCGGCGGGUGCAGAAGUACAAGCCGAAAGCAAAACAGAUCACGAACACCGUUUUUGGAUGGUUGCUUGUGUCUGAACGCCAGCUCUCAAAUCCGGAGCUUCUGGACAUCAUUCGAUUAACGGUGAACGAUUAUCGAGCAGAGGCCGACCCAGACCUUCUCCGAUUUAUCUUUGAUUACAAAGGGCACAGAUUUAUCGCAUGGCUGCGAGAGAUGCUCAGCGUACUGGAUGAACAACUUAAGCGAGACGAUGUCUUGGGCAACAGAACCCUACUGAGACAUUUUUCACAUCUCGAGUCCCUGGAGGCCAAGCAGCAACCUGCAAUCUUCGUCGCGUCAGUCUAUGGAAUCUCCAUCAUAUUGGAAAGACUCGAGCGCGAAAACACCAAAGUGGAUUGGAGUGAAAAGAACGUAUACGGGACAUCGGGUCUCUACCUGAGUGCCCUUCGCGGUCAAGACGACGUUGUCAAGUAUCUACUCAGCCGCGGAGUUGACCCAAACGUGGUUGGAGGGCGCUUUAAAACACCGAUACAGGGUGCUGCUAUCCGUGGACGUCUUAGCACCGUUGAAAUACUUCUAAAGAGCGGCGCUGAUCCGCUUCUGGAAGGCCGAUAUCCUACGGCUCUUCAUGCUGCCAUUUCGGGUGGCCACGAGCCUGUAAUCCAAUUACUUGUCGGCAGCGGCUCGUGCCAUCAAGCGGCAAACUUGGGAAGUUUGGUCCAAGCAGGAUUUUACUUCGGCCGUCACAACGCAGUUAUGUCCCUCCUCCACCAAUAUUUCGAUAAUGAAGUGAAUUCAAAGAAAUUUCAGGAUGAAUCAAACGUAGGGAUCGAUAUUGCUCUUCAGGCAGCUCUGUACGGGAACAAGAACACUCAUAAGAAUAAAACCCGUAUUCUGGAGCUUCUGGAAAAGAUAUCAGAUAUCAACGAACCAGGUGGAUUAUUCGGUAACGCGCUGCAAGCAGCGAGUUUCGGUGGUUCAGCUGUAUGGGUGCGCAUGGUUCUUGAACGAGGAGCCGAUCCUAACUCCAUUGGCUACUGCGGCUCAGCUCUCCGAGCAGCAUCAUUAGGUGGCCACAAUUCGGUUGUCCUUCUCCUGAUCGAGUGA